CCACAAAUAAUCAUGCAUUUUUGGAAAUCUAUUUGCUUUUAUCUUUCAUUAAAUAAUUUUAUUUGUGCAUACGUAGUUACAUUCGCGAAAAAUAUAAGUGUAACAUGUGUUUUAAGUGAAGAGACAGUUUUUUCAGCAGCAUAUAUAGAUAUACUUGAAGAGAAGUCUGAUAAAAAUUACAUUCCAGUUCAUCGAAAGACAAACAAGAUAAAUAUAAAUCUAGAUGACGACUGGAAUAUAACAGAUGUUACACAUUUUCCUUAUAGUCCAAUUUUGGAUCAGCGUUGGGAAAGUUUUAACGACAGAAACAUGUUUUUCUUAGAACAAUCAGUGACAUCAUUUUCAAUAUACGCUAACAAAAAUCUCAAGUUUAGCGUGAGAGAAACUAAUUACAUGUAUUCACAAGACUUUAUUUUACCUGACGAAAGUUUUGAUGCAUUAAACGAUCGUCGCUGGUUUCACUAUAGCAUCAAGAGAAAAGAUAAUUCUGUGUACAUAAUUUCAGAAAAUGGAACUUUAAUUAGAAAUAUCAUGACUGAUUUUAAACCUGGUUUAAUUACGGCGGAUACCACUAUGAGAAUACAUCAUUACACAUUUCGAUAUUCUCACCAAAUUAGUUCAAACCCGAGGGCAAUAUAUAACAUAUUUUUUGAAAACGAAACUUGCCUCUCAAUGUUUGUAUCCAUUGAUAAACAUUGCUUUUUGGAUGUAACUUUAAAAUCUGAUACAAAUUCUAUUAUUAAUAAAACAGUGGUUGCGGGAUUCAAUGAUAACGAAUCUUUAAAAACAUGGAAAAGAAUUGAAAUUAAAGCAUUUUUUUCUGGAAAUGCAACGCUAAGUUUUAAAAGAAAACGUAAUGAUUUUCGAACGGAAGGUUAUUGGGCUAUUGACAAAAUCCAAUAUUGCAAGAAAAAUAUAGAAAUUUUAGAAGUGAUUGUACAAAAUUGUACAAAGUGUCAGUGCAAAGUUUUAAAUCAGAACAACGAAUUUGAUAAAAAAAUUUUUGAUAAUCCUGGUUUUUUGGGAAAUAAAAUAAACUGUUCAGACGUUUUAGGGAAUUCGUAUCCAUAUUGCGAAAAACAUAAAAUUUAUGUUAAAAACAAAAUCUUCUGUGCUUGGGGUUAUCAAGGAUCAUUGUGCAACAUAACUUGUCCUUUUGGCUACUGGGGAAUCGAUUGUGCUCAAAAAUGUAAACCCAAUUGUGAAAGUUGCAAUCAUAUAAAAGGCUGCAUAUCUAACACUACACAAAUUAGUUACAACCAAACAAGUAUUGAAAAUUACUGUAAAAAUGUAACAGAGGAGGUUUCAAACACACCACGGGAGCCUACUUUGCUUUUAUCUUCAACACACGACAUUAUUUUGAUGUGCCCUCUUAUCGAAUAUUCCGAAAAUAACUUUUACAUAAACGUUUUAAAAGACGGAAGUAAAAAAAUUAAAGAAAGUAAUAUUACAAUAAACAAUUAUAAUAGAGAAUAUAAUUAUUCUGUGCCAGUGGAGUAUAUGCAAAAGUACGAUGUUUAUGUGGAAACCUCUAACCGACUAGAAAAAUUUGUAAAAGAGUUUAAAGUGACAGUUUUACAGCCGUUUGAAAAAUUUUCUUCAAAGCCAUUUGUGCAAAUUUGUACAGCGGCAAAAUGUUUACUAUUAGUACCUACUCCAAAAAAUUUUAAAAAAGAUAAUGCCAUUUUCUUUGUAAUGAAAAAGCAAAAAGUAGAUGAUGAUAAAUUAUUGAAAUUAUGUUUAUCUAAUGAAAAUAAGAGAAAAGAAAAUUGUUGGAAAGUGGAGCCUAUUGGAAUUAUUCCAGAUAAUAUAAAAUUAGAAAUUGGCCAAAAUAUAAAUGAUGCUGUUCGUGUUGAAAAUGAAACUUUUAUUACUUAUCUUCGAUAUAACGAUAGUAAGAAUAUUCUUCUAUUUCCCAUCAUUUUUGAACGCAAUGAAAAUAAUACAACUACUAUUGUUUUAAUUAUAAUAUUACUUACUAUUUCAAUAAUAUUUUUAAUUAUUACCGUUAUAAUUGUAAGAAACCAAAUUGCGUCAGAAAUUUUAAACGUAAAUGCUGAAGUCAUACCGCUGCAAAACAUUGUGACAACAACAGCUGAUGAAAAUUCAAAUUACAUAAGCAAUGAAAUGUUUGAAGAUUAUUUAGACAAGAAGUUACAAAGAACAGAACUGGAAAGAGAAUUUGAAUCAAUGCCGACUACUGCUGACGACAAAUCAUGGGAUGCUUUAAGAUUUAAAAAUCUUAACAAAAAUAAAGACAAACGAAAUAUCUUGCCAUUUGAUUAUAAUCGAGUUGUUCUUAAACCAAUGAAGUGGAUUGGAUCAGAAGACUACAUAAAUGCUAGUUACAUUGAUGGUUACAGUCGUCAAAAAGUCUACAUAGCUGCCCAAGGACCUAAAUUUAAUACAGUUCAAGAUUUUUGGAGAAUGAUUUGGCAAAAUAAUAUUGAAACUAUAAUAAUGGCCACUGAUUUAUUUGAAAACAAUGAGAGAAUGUGUGCUGAAUACUGGCCUCAAAGUUUAAAAGCAAUUUUAGAAUGUGGCAAUAUGAACAUUAUUUCAGUUAAAACAAAAAGUUUUGAAUAUUUUGUUAAAUCCAAACUUGAAGUUUCUUAUAAUAAAAAUAAAAGAGUACUUCAUCAUGUCCAUUUUAGGUGGAAAAAUGAUAAAAAACAAUUUCUUUACCCUAAUGAUAUACUACCUGUGGUGAAACUGAUAAAAAACACACGCGAGAAUGGUUUUACUCCCAUUUUAAUACAUUCUGGUUUUGGCACAAACAGAACUGGAACGUUAAUAUUAUGCGAUUUAGCUUUAGAAAUGCUUGACAUUAAGUCUAAAGUGAGCUUUUAUAAGUUAACUAAAGGUCUUAGAAAACAAAGACAUAACAUCAUUAACUCGACUCAAUAUUAUAUUUUGGCACAUUUAAUCGUGUCUGAAUAUCUGAUGGAACAAAAAAGUCCUUUUGUCAAGAAAAACGGUGAGAAAAAAGAGUUUCAAGAACAACUUGAUUAUUUAAAAAAAAUAUGUCGACAUGAUGAGAUAAUUCGUUGCUGGAUGUCAGAAGACAAGACCUACAACAUACCUUUACGUUUCGUUCCCGGUUAUGGAAAACCCAAAAAGUAUUUAGUUACACCACAACCAAAAAGAAAUGAUUUUCAGAAAUUUGCAGAGUUUUGGUUCAUAAUUGCCGAUGAAUCAAUAAAUUAUGUAGUGUUUUUAAACAAAAUGAAAAAGAAUGUGCAGUUAUGGCCUUAUAGAUUCGAACAUGAUAAAGUUAUUAUUAAAGUUGAAUGCUUAAAUUGUACAGAAUCUGUAAAUUGCUUAACGAACGAAGUAUCCUUGAUAAUUUACGAUAAAGGUACCAGUGUGAUACAACAUCAAAAAAACAUUUUCUUUUAUGAACUGAAAGAAGAGAAAAACUUAUCAGAAAAUCUUGCAAAUAAUAUUUUAAAACUCAUAUGUGAUGUGAAAAUAAAUUGCCCCAUUGCUGUUUCUUGCAAUGAUGGAAUUAAGAUGAGUGGACUUUUUAUUGUUCUAUCAUACAUAAUAGAAAAGUAUGAAAAUGAAAUAGAAGUUGACGUAUGUAAUGCAAUACGAAUUGCAAGAAGAGGUAACUCCCAAUUUCUUAAUAGCUUGGAACAACUGAAAUUUCUUCAUACGUGUGUCGCACAAUAUUUAGAAAAUUUUGAGAGAUACGAUGUUAUAAAUAAUUAAUAUAUUUAUAAUGUAUU